AUGGAGUCCACCGGGCCGACAGGCUCUUCAGAAGCCGUGGAAAGUGACACGCCGUCGCCGGUCGCGCGUGUUGCGCCGCAGGUAGCGGCGGGUGCUCCUGCCUCGGUCUCGGCGAGCGGUGCUUUCAUGUCGCAGGCCAGCGUCUCUCAGGCGACCCAGGGGUCAUCGUGUCUGAGGCAGACAGACAGCGAUGACGAUUCGCCGAUAAAGCCGAGAUCAGCUGCAAAAAGCAAACUGCUUUCGGACAGUGAUGACGAUGUGCCUGUGAAACCGUCCAGGUCUCCACUGGCCUCGCAAACAGCAGAACCCUCGGAGAGGAAAUAUCCGAAUGGCACGUCAUCGGGUCCUCCCAGGCAACGCGCCAGAAGUACCACGCUCGCAGGUUCCACAGGGCGUGAAGGAGACAUGUCUGACAGUUCAAGUGCCAGUGACAGCAGCAGCGACAGCAGCAGCUCUGGUCGGUCUAACAGCUCCGUCUCUUCCUCAGACAGCGGAUCAUCGGAUUCAUCCGACGAAUUGUCAUCUGAUUCCGGCAAUGACUCAGAGGAUGACCAACUGAAGAAACCGCGGAAGAAGGAAAGAAGCGCCGCUCCAAAGCGUAAACAGCCUCCUCCAAAGAAGCAAAGAGCCCCCCAGCGCCCCAGCUCUGCGGGGGGGAAUUCGGGGAGUCGGUCCAAGAGUCGGGACGGGUCAGACGACGACGAAAAUGGUGCCGACAUUAGUAUGGGAACGUUUGAUCCACGAAAUCGAACGACUAGAGCUAAGCUGGUCGCCCAGUUACUGUGCAGGUGGUGGUACGUACUCCCUGACUGGCCCCCAGCUGAUUUUGACUACGUGACUGAGCUCACAAACCGUCGUCUUAAGCUGGUAACCUUGGAAGAAUAUGAGGACCUCGAUGACGUCGACGAACAAGGAUUCACAAAGGUGUAUCAGAUAUCGGCUUUCCCAGGUGUUUUCCGGGACCCAAAUGGCAAAGCUAUAGAUUUACGGCCUGCUGAGGGACGACCAUGCUACAGCAACUUCAUCAAGAAGAGUGAAUACGAACUGCUUCAGCUCGUGGAGACGGCGAUCAAGAAUCAACUUGAGAAGCUGAAGGAAUCUGUCUACGAUGAGCGCAGAACUCAUAAGAAGCUGCAAGCAGAGCUUUCGGAAGUGUCAAAGGAGCUGCAGCGCCAUCGGCUGAGAGAAGACAUGCUGAAAUCCAAGAAGAUCGUUAGUGGCAAGACCGCUUAG